CGCUAAACCGGAGCUGCGAUUCCCCCGAGCCACGGCCGGCGUGUUGGGGGAAGGGAUGCCGAAGCGCUCCUUCCCGUUCGCGGACUCGUCCCCGGUGCAGCUGAAGACGCGCGUGCGGCUGAAGGAGCUGAGCCAGGGCGUCAUGGGCGAGAGGUACCGGCGCGAGAUCUUCGAGAAAACCAAACAACUGCUCUUCAGAGGUGCUCAAACAUACAUGAACAAUGCUUGCAAUGCAAGUGCAGUGGGAACAUAUCUAAUUGCACAAUAUCCAGACUCAUGUAUAGACAAAUCAGAAAUUUGUUCCUGGCACAGAUGUAAUGGACAAAUGUUAAUUGGGCAGGAUGGAAAACUUCGACAACCUUGUGCAAGUGAAAUGGUUUUGCCAGGAGGAGUAUCAAAAGCCUGUUCCUCCUGUAUAAGAACAGUUGACAUAAAGGAUGUUUGCACGCAGUGUGAUCAGUACAUAUGCCAGAACUGCAGCAAACUCUGCAGCUGUUGCAGCACCAUUGUCUGUUCAUUAUGCUCAGUUAUAGAAUCAGAGGAUGUUGGAGAUCAAAUCUUCUGCAGUGGCUGCUCAAUGUACAAAGAAUAAACAGCUGUUUUUAGGAAAUGGUUGUCAUUAGUGUUGUAAAGAAAGUAUUGCUUUUAAAUAAUUAGGUUUUUGAGAUACUGGAGUGCCUUCUAAAUAUUGUAUAUUCUGUAAUUGUAGUUAAUAUAAUAAAUAUUUCCUAUUUUGAU